AUGCUGUCAUUAGUGUUGUUGCCGUUGUUUUGCGAGGUCGCAGCAGCACCUUAUUGCCUGGCGGCAGACCGUUGGCAGCAGCUGCGGCAGCUGGCUAGCUCCAAGAGCGAAAGCUUGGAGCAGUUCACUGCUGUUGUGAAAGCAGCAGCCGCAAGGUGUGCAAACCUUGUAGAUGCGAGAGAGGCCUUUAAAGAGCACGUGCGAAACAGUGGGCGGCGUCUACGCCGCAAUGUAAUCAAUGGGCACGCGAGCAAAGGAAGUCUAAGUCUCUACAGACACCGAGCCAAAGAUGCAGGGCGAACGGUAGAGAAGUUGCAGGUAGCAUUAGAAGCAGCAGCUGCAGCUGAUGAGCACCUGCAGCAGAAAGCUGCCACCUUACUGCCGUACAAGCUUUUCUUGCGGCAGAUUAGUGGUGUUUACGGAGACCCCUUGGCUCUCCUCAGGCGGAUGCGCUGCCUUAAGGAUGCAAGGAAGGAGCUGCAGCAACAAAAUGUAGAGAUACUCAGAAACAUUUUUAAAGAACUGGAAGAGAUCCAAACGACCGCUGACAGACUGGAGGCCUCCACAGAAGAAGUCAACGGCAAGCAUCGAAGUGCUGCAGGGGCUUUAGGUCUGCUCUGUCAGAAAGCCCAUGUCAUCUUCCAUAAAUACACCCAUAGUCGGUUCGUCUUCCGAUGCUACACCGCGGGUCUUGAUAAGGCAGCAGCAGCCGCAGCAGCCGCAGCAGCCGCAGUAUCGCGACAGUCUGCAGCAGGGAAAAUUUUACGGAUGCAAAGGCAGCAAGCCUUGGAGUACUAUGUGGCCCAGCAGCAGUUGCUGCGACUGCAGGCUUUCAUAGAGAAAGUCGACAGCGUGCUGCACGAAUUACAGGAUGAGACGAAGAGGCAAACAAGAGUUGCUUGCGCCCGUCAGUCUCCCCCUUGUGGAUCUCGUUCUUCUGUUGCCACUGCUGCGGCUACUGCUCCUGGAGCUUCGACCGCCUUCAGUGAACCAUCAGGCGGGGCAUUGGGAGGCCUCCACGGAGACCCCGGGUUUGAAUCUAGUUCUGAAGACUGCGUCAACUUUGUACGGGAAACGAGGAAGCGAAGCUUCAGUAGGAAUCUCGCGCAAAGAGAAAGCUUCACUAUCUCCAAUCCAACCGUGGAAGUUCCACAGCCAGCAGCAGCAUCACCAGCUGCUGCUGCCGCUGCCGCAGCCGCCGCCGCGGCAGCAAAGGCGACUAUUGCGGCCACUGGUGCUGCUGCGCCACCGCCUGAACUGCCCGCCGACGUGAGCAGAAAGCAUGGUAGACGCGUUAGACUCCCGGCUUUGCCAACACUCAGCGAAGUACCAGUUCCAAAGCAUUAA